AUGAACCCGCGAAUAGUCCCUCAAAUCUUGGAUCCACUCAAUUCAGCAGCGCUCAAUAAUCUCCAUGAACCGACCCCUCCACCUACCAAGAAACGAAAAAGAAGCAACGAUGAGGGGUCAGAUGGUGCUGCUGGACGGCUUGCUACUUCAUCAAUUGUGAUUAGAGCUCAUGCCGCAUCGCUAUCCGACGAGCCCUUGAUCCUCGAGCCGAUAACUGCCCUUUGCCGCUCUAAACUUCCGUUCUCAUGGCUUGAUGACACGCCUGCUUCCCGGUCCGACGAACAGCCUGGUGGCCUAUUCACCGCGGACAUCCCCACGCUGGAAAAUGACCUGCGCGCAAAGGCCGAGCCAACAGUCCUGGCUGUAAAACUUGUGGUCAAUGGAGGUCUUUACAUUGUCGAACGAGUAAAGAGGGGUAUAUAUUCGCUCUCCAAACUCGCUCGAUGGGUGCACGAGGGGGAUCUCCUCGCUGCAGCAAAGGAAUGGCACAAAAGUGAACCUGCAGGGGUCGAUGCUAUGGCUGUCGAUGAAUCUAUGACCAUACCUGAUGGCUUCGACUGGUGGGAGGCUGCGCGGAUUGAGGAGCCCAUGGCUGGUCUGGCAAUUCAGGAAAAGCCAGCUGGGCUCAGCAUUGCGCUUGUCUUUGGGCCAUCUGAAUCAGGUCUAGACGGCAUCGAUCACUCCAUGGGUGUGGAAGAGGAGAAAAAUCGCCCGUUCUCUUUCCAAGCAAGCUUUGACACCGCCGAAGAUGAUCCAUUCACAGUUUCAAAGACCCAGGGUGACCUUGGUGACGCUAUGCAUGUUGACAGUGUAGAGCCCAACGUCGCAGAUAUGCAGCAGUCACCCGAGGAGCUGUUAGAUGGAAUGAGGGAUCAUUAUCUUCAGGCUCUCUACAUCUCAAAAACUUCCGUGGCGUACUUCGCGAAAGGACCUUUGACACGGUGCCGAACUGCCUUCCAAGUCCGGGAUUCAGAACAGCCCCAAGGGUCAGCGGAGUUGAUUGGAUUCUAUCGCGAGGCUAUUCUCGCAGCCAAGAAGAUGGAUCUCAAGUACAAGGAAUCAGUACCAUCAGCGAUAGGUGAUGCAGCACUCGCAAUUUCCGAUGACGACCAAAAGCCCAAGGGUCGGAAGAGUAAGAAGAAGAAACUUGGCAGGAAUGGGUUGUAUCCUGGGGAAGAGGGCUUUAUCCACAAGUGGUGGAGGGAUAGGGCUAUCAACGAAUCGUCUGCACAGGAAAAUUCGCGUGAAGCGGAAUCCAAGAAGCAGAUCUCUGAUCUUCGAUUGCGCGAGACACAGUUACAGAUACUUCUGAUUCUGGAGGUCUUGGUCUUAGAAAUGACCAUUGGGUCGACAGCCAAGGGCAACUUCAACCAGGAAGAAAAGCCAGAUGGGGACAAAGAGACGCAGAAGAAGCCAAAGGCCAAAAAGCUGGCCGAUUUGAACGUACUCCUUGAACUGCAUCUUGAUCGGAUGUGCAUCUGGCAUGCUGUGAGCAUGCAAGAGACAACGGCUUCUGAUACAGCAAAGGCUUCAUCAUUCAGUAGCAACCAUCUGUCUGGUAAAAAGACUGAGAGCGAUGCAGUGCGUGACUUCUGCACCGAGGUCAUCGUUCCAUUCUACGCCGCUCGUCUUCCCGACAAGUGCAAGUUGAUCACUCGCAAAUUCGGCGUCUCUAGUGGUAUCUCGCCAAUCACUAAGAAAAUUCGGUCUUCGGGUAAAUCCCACCGCGUUGAACCUGGAACCGAGAUCAAACGACAGCCCCGGAGAACAUUGCAGCGAGUCCUCACGGAUGACAAGGCGACUACGUCCCAGGCUCGUGUGCCAGGAUUGCACAGGUCCAACACCGCACCCAGCCACCCCAACGCCAAGCGCGACAAUGAGCCAUUACUGCCUACCGUGCUUAGUGGCAGUGUGCGAGGCGGCAUGCAAAAGCCCAAGCGCACUGACAACCGCGAGGUUGACCUUGAGGCCGUGGCAAGACAGCACGAAACCAAGUUGAAGAAGGUUCAAUUAAUGGCCGACCAAAAGAAGGAGCUUGACGCCGCUAUCCAGGCACUUCGAAAACCAAAUAGGGAGCUCGUAUCUAAAGAUAUUGCAGAGGAUGUGAACAAGCGAGUUUCAAGCGGCGGAGGCAGCUCGAGGAAAUCCAAAAACCCCGUUCGCAAUCCAUUUGGUGAAGGUGUCCAGGUCAUGGCGACGCCUAGAGCCAAUCGCAGAAAAGACCCUGGACCAGGGCUGCCACACAUGCCUCGCAGCCUAGUCCCGUCGCGGUCCUUUGCAGGCGUUGAAAACUCGCCCAUCGGCGAGUCCCCGCUUAGGAUUCCCUCCUCAAGUAGGCGGGCAAUCUCGUUCUCUGGCGGCGACUCUGACCCAUUGAGUCCUCAUGGUAAGGGGCGAAGUCCUCGAUCAAGUCAACCGGGAGGAACCAUUCAUGAAACCCCUACCAGACCCUCCUCGAAAAUCUUCCAGAGCGACUCAAUUACCCGCAGACCCUCGUCCUCUGGCAAAGGCUUAUUUCGAGUACCCAAUCUUCCGGCCCCUCGCUCUGCGACACAGCCCAUGGUCCCAGGGAGUCCGGUCCACUCACGCCAUCCUUCCUUCAUGGCAUCAUCGCAAAGCGCGUCCCUACCAUCUUCUCAGCAGUUCAAACAGUCGCUCGAAAAUGUGCGCUCUUCCACGAUCAUGGAAACACCACCCAGGAAACGUGCACCAGCACCAGUAUUCACUCCCACUGCUGGUGCACCUGCGUCUCUCGGCGCCAAAGUCCCCAACCACCGAGCCUCCUCUCCUCCGGCCGUACUGGGGACACCAAUCAAGGGUGCUACCGCCGUGCCUGUAACGCCUGAGAAGUCACAAACACCAUCGAUUUACGCACAACUGGGAUGGGACGAUGAGAUGGAGUUCUGA